AUGAAUUUAUUAUUAGACAUCGAUCGGAAACAUGAACAACAGUUGAAAGAAAGGGGUGGCAAUCUUGGUUACAUUUUCAAGACCAUUACCACACCUACUUCACAAGAAGUUCAAAAGAGAUUUAAUUGUGUCUCGGAUCAACAACGUGUUCUUCUUUUGGAUACUGUAUUAAGAUUUAAAUUCAAUGUUGAUCUCGAAAAGGAAUUGUUUAUUAGAAAAGAUUUGGAUAUUGUCGUGGAUCGUUUCUUUUCAGCUACUCUCGGUGACGAUGAGAAUUUAACAUCUUCAGAUAUCAACAUGAAUCAUGCUUCAGAAGAUAUUAAGAAAUUAUUCCACAAAUUCCAUCCGCAAUCUCAUGACAAACGUGCAGCAUUGAAUGUUGAAAAGGAGGCUUGUAUGUAG